CGGAACGUCGAGUGACGCUGGCCAAUCAGAAGCCUCUCCACCUCAGCGAGUCCAGAGCGCCGCGCCCCAGUCUGAGACGCGCACCGACAGAAACAAACGGUUGCAGAAAGAAAUACUGGACACAAUCCCGGUCCCGGAGAAAACCUCGAGCUCCCCGCCUGUCCCCGAGCCGCUGUGAUUCCAGCCGCACAUUUAGACCCAACAGAAGCGUGUGUGAUGAACGGAGACUCAGGUGCAGGGGUGGUGACGGCCCCCCCUCCCACCAACCCCCCUCAUAAGGAGCGUUAUUUCGACCGUGUGGACGAGAGCAGCCCGGAGUACCAGAGAGAGAGGAACAUGGCGCCGGACCUGCGGCAGGACUUCAACAUGAUGGAGCAGCGGAAGAGAGUGUCCAUGAUCCUACAGAGUCCAGCGUUCUGUGAUGAGCUGGAGUCUCUGAUCCAGGAUCAGAUGAAGAAGGGAAAAACUCCCACCAGUUUGCUUGCCCUGCAGCAGAUUGCUGACUUCAUGACCACCAGCGUCCCCACCAUGUACCCCGCCGCCCCGCAGGGAGGCAUGGCUGCCCUUAACAUGAGUUUGGGGAUGGUGACUCCAGUGAAUGACCUGAGAGGUUCAGACUCCAUCGCUUAUGAUAAGGGAGAGAAGCUCUUGCGCUGUAAACUCGCCGCAUUUUACCGGCUUGCCGACCUUUUCGGCUGGUCUCAGCUCAUCUACAACCACCUGACUGUCCGGCUGAACUCUGAACAGGAGCGUUUCCUGAUUGUCCCUUUUGGUCUUCUGUACAGUGAAGUCACUGCCUCCAGUCUGGUGAAGAUCAACCUGCAGGGUGAGAUCGUAGACCGCGGCAGCACUAAUCUGGGCGUAAAUCAGGCUGGAUUCACCCUCCACUCUGCCAUCUACGCUGCUCGGCCUGACAUCAAGUGCAUAGUGCAUAUUCACACGCCCGCUGGCGCCGCGGUGUCUGCUAUGAAAUGUGGUCUUCUGCCCAUUUCACCUGAGGCUCUGGCGCUGGGCGAGGUGGCGUACCACGAUUACCAUGGUAUCCUGGUGGACGAAGAGGAGAAUGUCCUCAUACAGAAGAACCUGGGUCCCAAGAGCAAGGUGUUGAUUUUGAGGAAUCAUGGUCUUGUGUCUGUUGGAGAAACAGUUGAAGAGGCGUUUUACUACAUUCACAACCUGGUCACAGCCUGUGAGAUUCAGGUCCGCACCCUCGCCAGUGCGGGCGGUCCUGAUAACCUGGUUAUGUUGGACCCAGGCAAGUAUAAAUCCCGCCCACGCCACCUGGAGCCGGUUGGAGACGGGUCGAGCUCGCACCCGAAGUGGCAGAUCGGGGAGCAGGAGUUUGAGGCCUUGAUGAGGAUGCUGGAUAAUCUGGGCUACAGGACUGGUUAUCCGUACCGUUGCCCGGCGCUGCGUGAUAAAGCUAAAAAGUACAGUGACGUUGAGAUUCCCCCUUCAGCCACGGGCUACUCAUACGCAGAGGACAGUGACUCGGGUGCGCGCUCCCCGUUAAAGCACAGCUUUCAGCGGCAGCAGCGGGAUAAGACCCGCUGGCUAGCCUCUGGGCGGCCCGACGAAUCGGCAGAGGAAGGGCAGGACGGCAGCGGUAGCCCCAAGGCGAAGACUAAGGUGUGGACGAACAUAACACACGAUCACGUGAAACCCUUGCUGCAGUCUCUCUCGUCCGGUGUCUGCGUGCCAAGCUGUAUUACCAACUGCUUGUGGACUAAGGAGGACAGUCUCCGACAGGCUGCUGUGGCCAAUCAGUUUGUCCCGAUGAACACCAACCCCAAAGAGGUCCAAGAGAUGCGCAACAAGAUCCGUGAGCAGAAUCUGCAGGACAAAAAGACGGCAGGUCCUCAGUCGCAGGUGCUCACAGGUUCCAUGGUGGACCGCUCGUUCGUCCAGAGAGUGACUAUAUGGCACGAUGCUCCUCUCUCUGACUGUACGGACUCUAUUGAUGGCAUUGACACUUCAGAGAGCUUUAGUCCUUCUAGGUCUAUUCGAAAGGGGGAGCUAGUGACCGCAUCUAAAGCCAUCAUCGAGAAGGAGUACCAGCCGCGGGUCAUCGUCAGUAAAACUGGACCAAACCCCUUCAACAAGUUCACAGACCAGGAUCUGGAGGAGUAUCGCAAGGAAGUGGAGCUCAAGCAGAAAGGCCCAGAAGCACAGGUGGAAGAGUCGGCCUCGACUCCUGAAGGAGUCCAGACUCCUGGUGCUCCAGACGUCACUUCCGCGCAGGAGGAUCCGCGGCCCACCGCGACCCCGCCACCCUCCAUAAUCCCCAGCCGCGGCACUGAAUCUGGCCGCGCGUCGGGUCACGACAGCCCGGCGGAUCCUCAAGAAUCCCCUCAUAAGGAGUUUCACUCCGCAGUUCUGAAAGCUCUGGGCUGUGACGCGGAGCCUGAACGAGACGGGCCGCCUGCAGGUCAGACAGCGGAGGUUGAAGAGGGGCAGGUUCCCAGCGCCACCUGCACUCCCCCGAGCUCACCUGUGCGUGUGGAGGAAGAGGCACAACAGGAACAGACGUUCAAAGACGAUAGUGACGCCGCCACUUUAAGACAGACCCUCCCCGAUCUGACCCCCGACGAAGCCUCAGAAGUCGCCGCCCUCCCUGCAGAAGAGCCCGCCCCUGAACAGACAGACUCCGCCCCUCAGCCGGAGGGGGAGGAGCCUGUCGCAGGGGACGAUGCGGCUGGUGACCACGGCAGUGAUGAAUCACCAAACAAAUCCCCUUCAAAGAAGAAGAAAAAGUUUCGCACCCCGUCUUUCCUGAAGAAAAACAAAAAGAAGUCUGAAACCCAGUGAGGAAGCUUGGCAAUACCUUUCUUUUAAAUCGAUUUGUUUUUGUACUGUGUUCACAUUUAGUGUGUCGAUCUUUUUAUUACAUUUUUAUUCUUUUAACAGUUCUUUAUAAAUGCUGGCUGAAGUGCACUUUAAGUGCGGCUUGUUAAGCAUGAACAUCAGUCAUCUCUGUUUUUAUAAAGAAAAAUCUGAAUAUGAAUAACCACUAUAAUGUAUCGGGAAUGUAAAUGAACUCAAGUUAAAGUUCCUCCUGGUGUUAAAUUAAGAUCUUUACUCCGCUGCAUGUUUAUGGCUUUUCAAAUCAUGACUAUAAACAUCUCAAACAAAAUAUGACCUGGAGUGAAAUGCCUCAUAUAAUCAUGAAAUCGUUUCAAGCAAUCGGGUUCACAAGAGUGUAAAACAUGCUUACGAUAAUAUUCUGAUCAGCUAAAGUUUGUUUUUGGAUGGAAAUCGACUCAUUGACUGAAUUUUUGAAAUGGACAUUAGUGCGAGCAUUGGUCGAAUCUCACAAAACCUGUACAAACAAAUCAAAAUGUUUUGCUUUGUGACAUUUUCAUAAGAAAUAAUCACAUUCCCUACCAAUUUUCUUUAAUUCACAAUUGAAAUCAAGGACAGUUGGAGUCAAAAUGUGUGCAAUUGCUUUGAAAAUUGUUAUAAUUUUUUAUGCAAAAUAUAAUUUACUUUUUUUUUUUUUUUUUAAAUUUUGGGAUGAAAUGUGAAUGUUUUGUGAGAUUCGCCCUACAAAGAUGCGUUUCUGUAGCUUUACAUGUCUAAACACAAAACACUUUUCGUCCUUGUGAAGGUUUGUUUUAAAACUAGCUGUGACUUUCAUCCUGCAGUAAUAUGAAUGACAUACGUUUGCUUUUGCUUUUAUAUAUAUAUUUUGUAGUUAUUUUUAGCUGUAGUUUAUAUAGUUUCUACGGAUCCACACAUGACAUGCAGGGGAAAAAAUAUGAUAAAAAUACUAAUACAUCAACAUGUUUUAUUAAUUCAUUUUCUCAUUUUAAGUAAAUCAUGCUCACUAUAUAAUAACAUAUGGCCAUGUUUUAAUAAUUAUCGUUCCCUUGUUUUAGUUAAAUCAAAACGUGAGGAUGAAUUCUUAAUUGGUUUCAUGCCAUAUUUUUGUCCACAUGUCAUGUGCGGCUCCGUAAGUUUCAUUCAAAACACGUCAAGUAACUUGACAUCACUGUUGUAACUUUGACACUAUUAUUUCUUAUUAAAGUUUCAAACAGCCGCUGAUGAUGAUGAUAUAUGCGUGCUCUGGAUUGGUUUAUUGAUGAACACACUCCUGCGGUGUGUGUCUCUAGUAACACUGUGAAAGUUUUCACUCAACCAUCCCUGAAUAACCACUGCUAACAUGCUUCAAGAUGGACGUCUAAAUAGUGAAUCUCACAAAGAAACGUCCACUUCAUAUUUCAACACAAAUUUAAAAGAGAAAAGCAUUAUUUUGCAUACAGAAAAUUAUCUAUUUUUAAGAUUUUCUUUGCACAUUUGAUCCCGAAAUCCUCAUAACCAUAAUGCAAAAAAAUCCUCAUUACUGUAAUACAAAAGAUUGGUUGUUUAUUAAAAUUAGUGCAACAGAUACUUCCAUUAUGUGUACUUACAAACACUUUUUCUCUGUAUUUCAGUAAUGACAAUUUUUUUUCAUAAUAACAUUUUUUUAAUUCUGUUUUGAGUUGAAUUAUGACUUGUGUACGUUUCUUUGCAGUUUUCCUGAGAUUCAUCUGUUCUUGAAUACUAACCUGUGCAGUAUGAACAAUUCUCUAAUAACACAUGACUCUUUAAAGGCAGAAAAGAGUGAAAUACUAACAAUGUUUAAUUUUGAUGGUGCAAAACAGCUUUUUGGAUUCUGGACCAAUGUGAAGCGGCAGUGCAGUUUGUUUUAGACACUAAAGUCUGAAUAUAACAUGAGAGUUUGCUGAAGGACCGCACGGCAUUAUGGGCUUUAGCUUGUGUUGUUUGUCCUUUGCACUUUUCUGUUGAUGUUCUUCUCAGCCCUUCUGUUGAUAACAUUACUAAUUAUUAAACAUUAUUUCAUUUCCAGUUUCUGUUGAAUGUUUAAAUGCUGUCUUUUCAAGAGCAAUUGUAUGUAAUACAAUAUAAAAACACAAUACUUUUUUUUUUCAUGGUACUGUUUAUUUUGCAACCAUGAAUAAAACUCCAUCUUUAAAAACAGC